AAUCUUCAGACCUGGCAUGCUGAGUCCUUAUGACCAACUUCAAUCAAGGGUUUCAACAGUAUGCCCCAGAGCCAAGGCCGCUCACUCAGGAGCUCCUACAAUGCCCCACCACUCUCUGCCAUCGUACAUGAGUCUAAACUUAUAAACUUUGAAGAUGGAUUUUUUUUACCCAGCAGCUGCCAUGGCAGGACCUGGCUCCUGGACAACUUUCAAGAAACCUGCAGUGAGACUACCGGCUGCAAAGUACCCAACUGUAAACAGGAACAGUGCACAGAGCCUAGCUGUAUGCAAAGUGCCGGCCUCCCCAGAGUUGUCCAAACAACUUGUUCCAAUUCCAGGCCCUGUGAAAAGACAAUAUGCCAAUCAGGACGUUCCUCAGCAGUGUCGGAGUGUGUUUCUCAGCCUUGCCAGUCAGGAAGCAACCAGCAAGUGGGUUUUGUAGUCCAGAACUGCCAGCCUGCGAGCUACGUGGCAAAGAGUUGUCCACCAAAGGCGUAUGUGUCUAAGAGUUGUCAGACUCUAGAAUGUGAACCUGGCCAAUGUCAAUCUCAGAGCUCCGAAUCCAGUUCCUGUAGUCUUCCAGUCUCUGUUGCACCAAAGUCACAACUCCUGGAAUCUUCUUCUAACACUUAUGAGCCAACUUGCUGUGUUACUGGUGGUUUGCAACUACCUUGUAAGUGAAGAAUGAAUAGAGUACAUAGAUAGGAGAUAACAUAUUCUAAUAGAGGUAAAUUGAUUUCUUAAGAUAUCUAGGAAAUUCUGUUUCUCUAAAUGCAUAUUAUUGUGCAUGUGUUUGUGAGUGAAUAGACAUGUCUUCCACUGUCUUCAAAGAGAAAAAUUUUCUUUUUUGCUCUUUGGGGCAUUUCUCGUAGUAAGCUGGGAUUGGAAAGCAUGUUAAAUAUUUUAGGUCACACUAUUUGUUACAGAGCACUGAGAGUUGCAACCAAGAACUCAUGUGAGUACUCAAGUCAACAUGACAUUUUGGCCACUGGUUAUUAUCAGUGGAAAGACUUAGCAUUGAAUCUGGCCUAUUAUAUAAAUAUAAUGUGCUACCAAUAUCAGAUAUCCAUAUAAUAUUGGAGUUUAAAGGGACCCUGAACCCUGUCUAGUUGCAUGAAUUCUGAUGGAUUCAACUCUAAUUUAUCUGCUGCAUCACAGCACUCUUGUAAUCAACUAUGAAGUUGAAUCUAUUGCUGGAAAAGCACAAGAAUAUUUUUAAUUUCACUUCCACAGAUUUCAUAACCACUUGGUAGCCAGAGACCUUUGAAUAUAAUGAGUUCAAGCUUACUAUACCCACUAUAUUCCUCCUAUUCUUCUUCCUCUUUUCACUAUUUCUUAAGUGCUUUAUGAGUUGGGAAAAUACUCUUUGUAGUAAAUAAACUUACUUCAUUUAAAAUUAAAAA